AUGCCACGGCAAUCGCAAUCUCAAAGCCAACGCUCGCAAGUGGAUAGGAACAUUUCCACGCAACCCAUGGAUGAAAGCCAUCUGGUCAGGAACAUGGUGAAAACGAUACUCAAUCUGUCUAUAAACAAAUCGGCAAUUAAAAGAUCCGAAAUCUGCAGCAACGCUCUGAAAGGAGAUGGCCGACUUUACAACAGACUAAUACCCGAAGUGCAAGAGAUACUGGGCGAGAUAUACGGCUAUCGACUGGUAGAAGUGGAGAGCAAAGGGCAAAAAACGAUGAUCCUGUGCUCCACUAUCGGAACAAGCUCGAUGGCCGAACUCAAUGACAACUAUCGCCGAAAGUACACAUUUCUGUUUGUGAUAUUGGGCUACAUUUUUAUGAAAAACGGUACCAUACCUGAAAGGAUGUUGUGGGAGUUUCUACAGACGAUCGGUAUCGAUGAGGAGCAGGAGCAUUCCUAUUUUGGGGAACCGAAGAAGCUGCUGGAAUUGUUCGUUAAGCAGGUGUAUGUGCUACGCUUUAAGCAGACGAUGGAGGGAAUGAACGAAGAAAGCGUGUUCCUAAGCUGGGGCGCCCGGGCGAAUAAUGAAGUAUCGAAGCGGGAGAUAUUCGAAUCAAUGUGCAAGCUGAUGAACCGCAAACCAAGCGACUUCAAAUCACAGUACAUAGAAACGCAAGGCUUAACUGAUACGUCGAUGGAUGACGAACUUGAGUCAGAAGAGCUCGAAUGA